UGGAGGUGGCAGAUGUUAAUCUGGAAGUAUGCACUUGYUACCCCUUUGUUGCUGACUGUUCCUGAGCCACUUCGAGAUUGUAUCCAAAAGACCUUGAAUGAGUGGAGUUCCCAAAUCAGCCCAGAUUUGGUCAGGGAGUUUCCAGAUGUCUUGGAGUGUACUGUAUCUCAUGCAGUAGAAAAGAUAAAUCCUGAUGAAAGAGAAGAAAUGAAAGUUUCUGCAAAACUGUUCAUUGUAGGAUCAAAUUCUUCAUCAUCAACUAGGAAUGCAAUUGACAUGGCCUGUUCAGUCCUUGGAGUUGCACAACUGGAUUCUGUGAUCAUUGCGUCACCUCCUAUUGAAGAUGGAGUUAAUCUUUCCUUGGAACAUUUACAGCCUUAUUGGGAGGAAUUAGAAAACUUAGUUCAAAGCAAGAAGAUUGUUGCUAUAGGUACCUCAGAUCUAGAUAAAACACAGUUGGAGCAGCUCUAUCAGUGGGCACAGGUAAAACCAAAUAGUAACCAAGUAAAUCUUGCUUCUUGCUGCGUGAUGCCACCUGAUUUAACUGCAUUUGCUAAACAGUUUGACAUACAGUUAUUGACUCAUAAUGAUCCAAAAGUUUCCCCCAAAAAGGGAGAUAGUAGUAUCUAA